ACACUGAAUACACAUAUUUUUUGCUGCUGUCGCUUUUUUGUUGAUAAAUAAAUUGAAAACGUUUAAGCAUGGCUAAACAUCAUCCAGAUUUGAUUUUCUGCCGUAAACAGCCAGGCGUUGCUAUAGGCCGGCUUUGCGAGAAGGAUGAUGGAAAGUGUGUGAUCUGUGACUCGUAUGUGCGCCCUUGCACCUUGGUGCGCAUUUGUGACGAAUGCAAUUAUGGUUCAUAUCAAGGACGUUGUGUUAUCUGCGGCGGUCCCGGCGUAUCCGAUGCCUACUAUUGUAAGUCCUGCACCACGUUGGAAAAAGAUCGUGAUGGCUGCCCCAAAAUUGUUAAUUUGGGCAGCUCUAAGACUGAUUUGUUCUAUGAGCGCAAGAAAUACGGCUUUAAACAGAAUUAUUGAUGUGCUUAACAACAACAUUUAAUAGUUUUAUCA